AUGUUCAGAACUAGUAUUGGAGCCACACAAGCCUCGCAAUGGGGUGCCGAGAACAAUGAUUUGGAUUUUUCAAACAUUUCCUUUGAUGAUGAAGAGGAGGAUGAUGCAACCCAGGUGAAGAGUCAGCCAAAGCCAAGCAUUGGAAAAACACUUCAAGAUCUUGCAGCUACUCCCUCUUCCACAAAGAAGAUUAUUCAUCAACCAUCACACUCCGAAGUGAAUCAAUCCAAUGAUAUCAAUAACACGAAUAACAAACCUUCUUCUUCAACUCCGAACCAAAUCAAUACCAGCUCGGGAGAUUCUCCAGUUCUUUCUCUAAAAGCCUCAACAACAUUGCCAUCCACAACCUCGACCAACCACAAGUCACCUUCUUCUUCAUCAUCAUCUCCUGUUCAUCCUCUAUUGAGAACCAAUGAACUAGAGGUCAUGGACACUGAUGAUGAAGAGGAGAAUACUCUUCAUGCAAUCAAGUCUACAUUGGUCACACCUAAGGCACGAGUUGUAUCGCCAACAUCUGUAGUUGCAACAAACAACUCGCAUUCCAAUCACAUUUCUCCACCCAUUCUAAUGAAAUCAACAUCAUCCACGAUCAAUAGCACCACUACUAUGACCACUACCAGCAAGAGUGCUCUCCCAACGAGUACAGCCUCUACGAAUAUUCUUCCAACUAGUACGACCAGCACCACAGCAGCAACAAGUCAUGAACCAACAACAAUGAAUAAGCAGGCUACAAAGUUGGCUUCACAAACGACCAAUAUUAUUCACACCAUCCAUCAUGCCACUUUGAUGAAACCAACAUCUGGCCAAAAUUCUACUGAUAAAUCAAAAACCCUUCCCGUGAUGGAUGAAAUUAGCUCAGAUGACCAUUCUGAGAAUGAGAAUGAAGAAUCAUCAUUGUCUGCAAAGAAAAAGACAUCCUCAACAACCACAAGUCGUAGUAGCAGUAGCAGUUCAAAGAAUCAAAGAAUCAAUCAAUCAACGACCACAACAACGACGACGACAACAAUGAGUAGUAGUAGUAGUACUAGCAAUUCACAAAAUCAAAUCAAACAAGUACACGACCAACAAGUACGAUCAGAAAAGUUAUUUAAAGAUUUAAGAUUUACAGUAACUUCCAUUUCAACACCAACUGAAAGAGAACGUGUGAUUAAAGCCAUUCGAUCCCACGGCGGUGAAGUUAUUGAAACACUUGAAGAUAUUCAAGAAGCAGAAAAGAUUAUUCUCAUUGCAGAUGAUUGUACCACAAAACCAAAUUAUUUGAUUGCACUCAUGAUGGAAAUUCCACUCCUGAAAAAGGAAUGGAUUCAUGAUUCAAUUUCUGAAGGUCGAUUACUCGUUGAUUCCAUGUACAAGUAUGUAUUGAAUCGAGGGUCAUUCCUUGUUCGAUCUACAAAACAGAAAAAACUAGUGAAACAACAUGUGAGCUCUAAAUUGUCUUGUUGUGUUCCAAUGGAAGAACGAAUUUUCAAUUCUGUGAAAGUGAGAAUUAUUGGAUCAAAGGAUUUUAAGGAGAAAUGGACUCCAAUUCUAAAGGCUGGAGGUGCCAAAGUCAUGACUGUUCUCAAAUCACAAACAGACCAUCUAUCUAACUUUUUAUUAGUUGAGGAUUAUGACAAGUUAGACGCCAAAGUAAAGAAAGAAGCCAAACAAUUGAAACUUCCAAUUUUAGAUCGAGAUUCAUUGUUGGAAAUUAUUGUCACAUUGGAAAGGAAAUUAUCAUCGGAUCAAAUUUUAAAUUAUUCAGACCUCAAGUCUACUGUUCAAAAGAUGGCAAAAAAACAAACCUCAAAGAAAAGAACUUUGAAUGAUGAAGAUUCUGAAAGUGACAGUGAUGAUGAAGAAGAAGUGGAACAUAAGAAGGAUUCAACAGUUGAAUCAUCUCAAGAAAUUGAAGAACUUGUUCAAAGAAAGAAAUCAAAACCAAGUCCAUCUGAAACGAAAGAGACAACAAAAUCACAAGAAACCAAACAAUUAUCACAAACUUCUAAAUCUUCCAUCUCUCAAAUUGGUAGUAACAUUGAAAGUGUUGUGGCAGAGCAUGUACCAAAACAAAAAGAUGCAACAAUCAAGCCCAAAGACACUACUUCAUUAGAAUCCAAUUCAUUAGCUAAUGGAUUUUACUUUAGAAAAAGUGAAUAUGAAUCCAAUUCAUUCUCACAACUGUUGCAAAUUCAUGACCAAUCGAUGGAAGUAAUCUGUGUUGGAGAUGUGGUUCAAACAUUAGACGACAAGUAUUAUCGUGUGGAUUCAUUCGGAUUUUCUCGACUAGUUGCAACUGAGUACGUUUUAGCACAACAAACAAAAGAUACUUUUCGAUUAUUACACGAGUCAGAUCGAAAACAUGUAGAAAUUCCUCUUUGCGCUAUUAGACACAAAGUGUUUGUAAGCAAUAGUUCUGGAAUGGGUGAGAGAAUUUUCUUAAUUGAAAGGCCUGAAAGACUAUCAAUAUUAGAUGACACAUCCUUGAUUUCUGUAGAGCAUCGAGCGGUUAAUAUUUUGAAGUAUAAUGUCAACCAUGAAUUUCUGCCAGCAGCUUCACAGAAAAUUCAAAUACUUCAGUUUAACAAUUGCCUGUUCCAAGAAAAUGAUGUUGUUAAAAUUGUUUGCUCCCUAGAAGAAGGAUCGAGGAUGGCAUGCGUUGGACGAAUUAGAUUCGUGCUUGAAGAUCGACUUUUCAUUGAGGUAUUUAGACGGCAUCCAAACAGCGAAAUUUCAGAUCACUAUGUGACAAGUUUCACUGUGAUUCCGUUUUCUAUCAAAUCCAUUUCAAUAAUGGAACCUCUUCACAGUUUUAAUGACAUUUCCGUGUUCAACAGCUACAAGAAACAUUUGACAACACAUGGUGUGCAAUCAAUUUUUGUUCAGGAAGAAUAA